AUGUUUGUUUUUCAUUACUUGAACGCACCCUCGUGGGGCGCCGUGGUGUCAGCGCCCCCAGGGCCCGUUCCACCACGCGUAGCCAAAGGGGGGGGGCUUCGUUGUCACGUCUGCGCGGCCGGCCGCCUCAUUGUGGAGGAGGAGGAGAGCCUGCGGGACAAGAUCCGCGCCGACCACGAGCGAGCGCUGCAGGAGGCCAAGGAGAAGCUGCGCAAGUCCCGCGAGGAGCUCAAGUCCGAGAUCCAGACGGAGAAGGCCAAGGUGGUGGAGGACCUGAAGAAGAAGGAGGCGGGGCCUAAGCCCCUCCCGCCCGUCCCCAUGCCCAAGGUGGUGGGCGUCAGCGACGGGGAGCCGCCGGAGCCCGACGUCAAAGAGAAACGAGACAAGAUCCGAGAGAUGAUGAAGCACGCCUGGGACAGCUACAGACAGUACGGCUGGGGCCACAACGAGCUGAAGCCCAUCGCCAAGAAGGGCCAUUCCACCAAUAUCUUUGGUAACUCUCAGCUGGGGGCCUCUAUUGUGGACGCCCUGGACACCCUUUACAUCAUGGGUCUGCACGAGGAGUUUAAGGACGGCCAGGACUGGAUCGAACAGAACCUGGACUUCGGCGUGAAUGCUGAGGUGUCUGUGUUUGAAGUCAACAUUCGAUUCAUCGGAGGACUUUUGGCCGCGUACUACCUCUCAGGACAGGAAAUGUUCAAACUGAAGGCGGUGCAGCUGGCGGAGAAGCUCCUUCCUGCUUUUAACACCCCCACCGGGAUCCCCUGGGCCAUGGUCAACCUCAAGAGCGGCGUUGGUCGUAACUGGGGCUGGGCUUCGGCGGGCAGCAGCAUCCUGGCCGAGUUCGGGACCCUCCACAUGGAGUUUGUUCACCUCACGUACCUGACCGGAAACCCUGCCUACUACCAAAAGGUGAUGCACAUCCGCAAGCUGCUGGCCAAAAUGGACCGACCCAACGGGCUCUACCCGAACUACCUGAACCCCCGCACGGGCCGCUGGGGCCAGCACCACACCUCGGUGGGAGGGCUCGGCGACAGCUUCUACGAGUACCUGCUGAAAGCCUGGCUCAUGUCCGACAAGACCGACACGGAGGCCCGCAAGACCUACGACGACGCCAUCGAGGCCAUCGAACGCCACCUCAUAAGGAAGUCCAACGGCGGGCUGACCUUCAUCGGCGAGUGGAAAAACGGCCACCUGGAGCGGAAGAUGGGCCACCUGGCCUGCUUCGCCGGGGGCAUGUUCGCCCUGGGCGCCGACGGCUCGCCGGACGACAAGGCCGGGCACUACCUGCAGCUGGGGGCCGAGAUCGCACACACCUGCCACGAGUCCUACGACAGGACGGUGCUGAAGCUGGGCCCUGAGGCCUUCAAGUUCGACAGCGGCCUGGAGGCGGUGGCCGUUCGGCAGAACGAGAAGUACUACAUCCUGCGGCCGGAGGUCAUCGAGACCUACUGGUACAUGUGGAGGUUCACCCACGACCCAAAGUACAGGCAGUGGGGCUGGGAGGCAGCGCAGGCUAUCGAUAAGUACUGCCGGGUGAGUGGAGGCUUCUCCGGAGUGAAGGACGUCUACUCGUCCAACCCGACCUACGACGACGUGCAGCAGAGCUUCUUCCUGGCCGAGACGCUCAAGUAUCUGUACCUGCUCUUCUCCAGUGACGACCUGAUGCCUCUGGAGAGCUGGGUUUUCAACACGGAGGCCCACCCGCUGCCCGUCCUCCACCUGGGCAACAUCACCCUGCCGGGCAGCGAACCCGCCCAGCGGUAG